GUUCAGUUCUACACACUUUGAUCAGUGUGCGUGGUUUGGAUUUUGCAAAUAAGUUUAUCUGAGCCAAGUUUUUUGCUCGUAAAAGCAUCCUUUCCCUCGGUUUCCGUACAGUGUCUCGGUUUUCUUGCGAAGCAAAGACGCCCAGCAAUGGAUUUUGCCAAACUCAAGGUGGCCGACCUAAAGGCCGAGCUGGCGGCGAGAAAUUUGGAUACCAAAGGAGUGAAAGCGGUGCUACUGGAGCGCUUGAAGGAGGCGAUCGAACGCGAAACCAACGCGUCCGCCAACGUCGAUUUAAACAGUCAACAACAGUAUCUGGCACAGCAGCAGCAUCAACAACAACUGCUACUGCAACAGCAACUGCAAGCGCAGCAGCAAUUGCACGCCCAGCAGCAGCUUUUUAUUCAACAGCAACAGCUUCAGCAGCAGCUUCAACAGCAAAAUGCUCCCGUUGCUGAACAACAGCCUCAAGAGCAGACGAUUGAGGAUUUAUCCAUGUCAAGUAAGCGAGUGGAAACACCGGUCCGGCGACGUAGCACCAGACGUUCCAUGACACGAUCGCCUUCUCCGCCCAACAGUUCAGCGGAAAACCCACACGCAUCGCUUAUGGGAAGUGCUCGAAAGCGAGGUCGAUCGCGCUCCAUGACAAAAUCGCCUUCACCGCAGCGAACUACAAGCGAGGCACCGCAUCUUGCUUCCGUACAAGAGGAAGAACCGGAACCAGCGGUCGAAGCAACUGAUCAGCAGCGAUUAGUAACUGUUGAACCUACGCCUGAAGCAGCUCAACCUCAAAAAGACGAUACCAGCAACCAGCAGAUAGCAUCCGACGCCGAAGCACCUGCCGCUCCUUCACAUCAAGAACCUGCCGAACAAGCGGAAGUACCCGAGCCAACUCCGGCUGCAGCCGUACCAUCCGCAAUGGAGGUUGAAGAGUGUGAAGCUGUUGUGCCGCCGGUAGAAGUGGUUGAAGCAUGUAACACAGACAAAGAGCAGGUUACGUUGCCCGUGGCUGAUACGACAGAAUCUGUCGCGGCAGAAAAACUGUCCUCAGAGAACGACUCGAAAGAGGAUAAUAAGAAGGUAGAAACGGAAGAGUCUCCGGCAACUGUGGCAACUAGUGAAUCCGAUCCGAAGCCUGCCACCGCUAGCGCUGGGGAAACAGGUGCAAACGACAAAGCAAAAGCAGCCGUUACAAAAGCCGAAAAGAAGCAAUCCGCUCAGCAACAGGCUCAGAAUAAUGUGAUUGAAUUCGUCACAGAAGAGGUAGAGCCACAGCUGCCGACGGAAGCUGAAAAUACCUUCACGCUAAGCUGGUAUGAUUCCGAUUUGAAUUUGACCAUCGAUGAUAAAGAUCUGCUAUCUGCAAAGCCACUUUCGGACGGUAUAUUUGGCUUAGUUUGGGCCGGUGUUCGUGCUAGCCAUGGAGUCACUGGUGGAAAAGUGUUCUACGAGGUAUUAGUAACAGAAGAACUGCAACCAACGACCAAAUCACCGUUGGUACCGGAAGGCGAAACACCAACACCGGAAAUGCGAAUAGGCUGGUCCACGUUGCUGGACAGCAAACGGCAACUUGGCGAAACCGAGCUAUCCUACGGAUACUCCAGCUGCGGAAAGAAGGUCGUCGGUGGCACUUUCGAGCAGUACGGUGUACCGUUCGGCAAGAACGACGUUGUAGGCGUUUACCUGGAUAUGGAAACGACACCCUGCCAGAUGCUGUUCACAGUAAACCGUGUACGGCAAGGAGAUGCGUUCGAAUUCGACAAAGAAUCGUUGAGCGGAAAAGCAUUGUUUCCGCACGUGUAUGCGAAAAAUCUAGCGUUUAAAGUCAACUUUGGCACUGUGGCAGAAGGUUUUCCCUUGACUGAGAAGAAAUCAGCUUCCACGGAUAAACCGGCAACCGAAGCGGAAGACAAAGAUGCAAAACAAAGCACCGAAUCAACGGUAUCCAAGGACCCGGCAGCAGACGAAAGUGCUGCGAAGGAAGAAACAAAGGCGGAUGAUGCCGCGAAGGACGAAACAAAGGCGUCUGAUGCUGCUAAGGAAGAAACAAAAGCGGAUGAUGCAGCUAAGGAAGAAACAAAAGCGGAUGAUGCUGCUAAAGAAGAGCAGGAUGUAAUAAUGGAGGAAACAGAAAGUACGACGGCCUCCAAAACAGAUGAAUCCGCUGCUGAAAGAGUACCUUUUGACGAAGAGUUUAAAUUCUUGAAUUCGUUUGUGAAGCAGGAUGGAGCUUCCGUUGUCGAAGGCUUGAAGGGACCAGCGUCUAGGGAUUGCUGCGAGCUUGUAAUGAUGAUUGGACUUCCGGGUAGUGGCAAAACCACCUGGGUACAAAACUAUCUGAAGGAAAAUCCAGAAAGUUCAUUUACAUUACUGAGUAUUGAUAGUUUACUGGAGAAUAUGAAGGUGUUGGGUAAGGCACGAGAACCUUCGAAUACUCCACAAUGGCAGAAAGUCGUUGAGCAACUGUCUCGUAACAUGGCACGCUUAAUCGAAAUAGCAUGCAAGCGCCGAAGGCACAUCCUCAUCGAUCAGACCAAUGUGUUUGCAUCGGAACAGAAGCGCCGCCUGAAAGGUUUCGGUGGAUUUAAGACCCGUCGUGCGGUGGCGGUUGUACCGAAUCUGGAGGAGUAUAAGCGACGGUAUGAGCUAAAAGUUGCCAAAUACGGCAAGGAAGUACCUGAAACGACUCUUAAUACAAUGAAGGCAAACAUUUUUGUACCAUUGUCAGUACAAAACUGGUACACGGAAAUCGUAUAUACCGAGCUAGCGGAAACGGAGGCACAGGAGUUGAUUAAGAAGAUGAACGAAGAAGGGCGCAAAUUGCUACCACCGCGAAGAAACCGUGCCAAUCAAUCGAACCGGCAGAAGCACAACAACAACAACAACGCCAACAACAGCAACUACACUUCUCGCUGGAAUCAUAAUCGUCCGCAGGGUGGUGGACAGCAGUACGGUAAGAAUCGGUACGGUAAUAAUGCGGGAGGUAGUGGCGGAGGAUAUAACCGCUACGGUGGAAACAAAUCUAACGACGCAGUCGGUCAGUACGGACACCAUCGUUCUGGAGAUUAUCGAAGCGGAAAUGGGUACGGUCGUCGGGACGAUCAUCAUCAACAUCGUGGUGGCAAUUACGGUAGUGGCGGAAAUCGGUACGAUUCCUGGAAUCGUAACAGUGGAGGAGGCGGUGGAGGAUAUUACAACGAUCGUGGAUAUUCCAACCGUGGUUACAAUCAACAGCAGCAGCAGCAGGAUCAUUCCAAUAACCGAUACGAUGCACGUCGCCGUGAUCGUCGGGGAUACAACAAUGGUUCAGGGUGGAAUGCACAAGGAGGGCAAUCACAGCAAUGGAACAAUAGCUAUCCUAAAUCGGGCAGCUCGGAUUCCUGGUACUUAUGGUGGCAGUCCAACCUGAACAACCUGCUCGCACCGAAUAGUGGUAGCGCGGAUGGGUCAGCUGCAUCCUCGUCCCAGUGGAAUCAGUAUGGCAACAGUGCGCAUCAAUCCUCCUCAUACGGAAACUACAAUUCGAAGGGUUAGGGCGCUGGUUGCAAUAGUAUGGG